AGCGUUAAGGGCAAUGGCAAGGAUAAUGAGGACCUUGUGAAGUCCUUCUCGGUGGUUGCUCGGAGGUUUUCUGGCACCAUCAGGCAGGCCGUUUCCAAAUCAGCUAAUUUGCCCGCUGUCGUCACUGGUGAGAUUGCCAAGGACUUCAAAAAGACUGAGCUGACCAACUUCGGGCUGGCCGUGGAGUUCGAUGCGAAAGUGGCAUCCAGGGCCAAGGAGUACGUCGAGGAUUUGGAAGCCCAGGGCGGCCAGGAUCUGAGCAAUGCCAUUGCUGGUGAGCUCAGCGCUAUCCACGACUCGACCGAAGCCCCGCGUACGUUCCAGGACUUCGAGAGCAUCCUGGCGAAAUCGCACGUCCCGAAGGAGUUCUCGGAUCUGGCGUUGUCCAUUCGCAUUUUAGGGGGCGCACUUCGCAGCCUGAGGGCAGCGAAGUCAGACGCGGCAGGCAUGGACCAACAAUCUACUGGACAGCUCUUUUUCAAGGCGAAGGUCCGCGACUCCGAGAAGAACAUCUGCUCCGGGCUCCAGGCAGCUGGCCUCAUCAAGCAGAAUACGCCUGACCUCCCCGAUACUCUAAUUGACCAGACUGAGAAGAAUAAGUGGUUGGAAGCAGCAUCGUUCGGGCGGCUGAUCCUCUUGGAAGUCUUCAAAGAUCGGAUUGAGAAGCCCGUGAUCGCUUUGGAUGAGAAGGCGACUGAGUUGGUGGCGGCUCUCAAGGCUAUCCCCUCCGAGGCUCAGGAGACCAAGUUCGUCGAGCACUUGAACCGCAAGGCGAGCAGCAGCACGGAGUUGGCCAAGAAGCAGAAGGCUGUCGAGAGUGCGCUCAGCGAG